AACCCACCCCUCGCUGCCUGCUCCCCCCUCGCUGCCUGCUCCCGCCGGGGUUUUGGAGAUCAUAUUCAUUGGAGAACACUAGAAGAUGGGAAGAAAGAAGCAGCAGCCAGUGGUUUGCCUCUUAUGGUUAUCAUCCACAAGUCUUGGUGUGGAGCUUGCAAAGCUUUAAAGCCAAAGUUUGCUGAAUCCAAGGAGAUCUCUGAACUUGCCCAUAAUUUUGUUAUGGUCAACCUUGAGGAUGAUGAAGAGCCAAAGGAUGAAGCCUUUAGUCCUGAUGGAGGUUACAUUCCCAGAAUCCUUUUCAUGGACCCCAGUGGAAAAGUCCACCCAGAAAUCAUAAAUGAGAAAGGAAAUCCCAGCUACAAGUAUUUCUAUACCAAUGCUGAUCAAGUUGUCCAAGGGAUGAAGGAGGCCCAGGAGAAGCUAACAGGUGAUGCUUUCAAACAAAAACACCUGGGAGAUGAACUAUAAUGAAUACACUGAAUGAUGCUUUUCCAUCACUUCAAAACUCUAAAAGGAAAUGAUUAAACAGACCAAGAAUGUAGCUGCACUGGAGGGACAUAAUUCUCCUGUCAACAAUGUUAAGUUAAACCCUGUUUGGAUUUCACACAUAUACAUCAGUUACAGUGUUAUCUCCUCCUCUGCCUGGCAGUUUGUACUGUAAUGGUUAUUUGCAACUAGAUAAUGUGCAAACACAUCAGUUUGUGUGUUUGAGCAACCACUAAUAUUUGGUGUUAAAAGGGAGAUGUGUAGGGCAAAACAUUAUUUGAGGACAAACAGUGCAAUUGGAAUAACUAGAAGUAGCCAACAUUUUGAUGCUUAGUCAGGGUUGGAUCCCUCUUUUCUCACUGGUAUUAUGUGAUCCCAUUGUUUUUACUGGGGAUUGCUAUGAAUGGGGCAUGUUCCUGGGCCUGGUGUUUUCUAGACAUCCCAAACUAUGAAUUCUGUCACUAAGCCAAGUAGAAUAAAUUUCAUGAAUGUCCAAGUAGCAUGUGAAAUUACUAGCUCUGCAAACAUAUUUUUGGGUAAAACUGUUUGUGAUUCAUCUUUAUUUGCCUUUGGGCAGAAAUUUAAUUUUUUCCUUGUGCACUCACCUUUUGAUUGUUUUAUCAAGUGAGAAUCGGUUAUGUUGAAGCUUUAUGGUGGUUCCCCUUUUGUUCUUUGAAUGUUUUUUGGCAAAUGCCUUGCCAUCACAUUGUACUGUAUUUUUGUACCAGGGUGAAAAUUAAACCUUUUUAAACAUAAGCAUGCAGACAGUGUUUUGUGGUAAAGGGCAUAGCUUUCCAUUCUUAAGGAUGGGGGAAUAUAUUUUUCUUUAUGUUGCAGUGGUUAUUAAUGUUGAAUGUCACAGCUGAAGAAGGUUUCUGCUUUUUAUAGUUAAAAAACAACAGUUGCUUUUC